UCAAGAUCACACUAGCUAGAUUGACCGCACGUUUGUCCGACGCUGUACGUGUUUACAAAAAACUUGAAGUUAAUUUUAACACCGGUUGAAACGUAAAAAACUAAAAACUUAACUCAGUUUGGCAGUUCGAACUGUGUUGAGCAGUCAUGGCGCGUGUGUUGAGUUUUUUGUGUGUCUGUUUGUGUUACCAAUUAGUGUUUUGCCAAUUCGGCUUCUUCCCCCGCGAGCAACGAAGAUAUCCAUCAGCAUUCGGAUUUGGCCAGAACUUUAUUCCAAAUACCGCAAACAGAUUUAGAAAUACGCUAAACAAUAUCCUUCAUCUGCAACCACAAACGCCGGCUGACAAUCCAGAAUACGUUUAUCCAUUCCAAAAUCAAAAUAGACCAAACAACCAAUAUGAUCAAAAUUAUAAUAACCGACCAAACAAUGUAAGGUUCCCUAACCAAGGAAACCAAGAGUUCUAUAAUAACGGACAGAAUAAUCCUCAGUUUGUCGAAGGACCACCUCAAAACCCCGAUCAACAGACAGGUUACGGUUUUGAGAACGGUGGUAAUAAUAAUGAACAGUAUAAUCCCGAAGGGAAUUUACCUAAUAACGAAGGUAACGCACCAAAUUUUGAUACCGGCUUAGUCAGCGGCCAACAAAAUGGCCCAGCGUUUGGGCAAGGAAAUACAGAUGCUCAAAACUUCGGUAAUGAAGGUAGUGGACCGUUUUUCAGUGGACAGCAAGACGGUCCAGCCUUUGGCCAAAAUCAAGGAUCAGACACGCAAUUUUUAAGUGGUCAAAAUAAUGGACAAGGUCAAGUGAAUACAGAAGCACCAAAUCUUGGUAACGAAGCUAAUGAACCGUUAGUCAGCGGGCAACAAGAUGGCUCAGUAUUUGGCCAAAAUGGUAAUAGCGGAUUAAUCAGUGGUCAACAGAAUGGUCCAGCGUUUGGCCAAGGAAAUACAGAUGGCUCAAACUUUGGUAAUGAAAGUAAUGGACCGCUUAUAAGUGGCCAACAGAAUGGCCCAGUAUUUGGUCAAGAAAAUACAGAAGCACCUAAUUUUGGUAAUGAAGCAAAUGGAUCGCUUAUCAGCGGUCACCUGGAUGGCCCGGUGAAUGGAUUUACUGAGACACCAACGUUUGCUAGCGACAAUGACGUCCCACAGCAACCGCCAAAUACUGAGAACAGGAACAACUUUGGCUCCGCAGGAACAUUCCAUGACACAUGCCCCACCAUAGAUAACGGAGUGGGGACAUGCCGGAACAUCAAGGAGUGUCCACUGUACGUAAAGCUGCUAACUGAGGCGCGGUCCAACUCUGCAGCUGUCCAGGUGUUGAGGAGAGUACACUGUGGCUUCGACGGCAAUACCCCUAAGGUGUGCUGCCCUCUUCUACCAAUUCCCACGGUGGCCCCAGCACCACCUACACCAGCUCCACCUACACCGGCUCCCAUCCAGCCUCCCACACCAGCCCCUAUCGACACAGCGGCUGGCAAGUCCUUGACAUCUGACUUCAUAUCCGAGUUCCCUCUACCGCCAGAGUGCGGCGUCAGCAACGGAUCCUUCAGCAGAGUUGUUGGUGGGGUUGAUGCUAAACUUGGUGACUUCCCCUGGAUGGCUCUACUGGGCUACAAGGGCAAGCGAAGCCCCACGACCAGCUGGCUCUGCGGCGGCUCCCUCAUCAGCCGACACCACGUACUCACCGCCGCGCAUUGCAUCCACAACCACGAAGACGAUCUAUACGUAGUGCGCGUCGGCGAGUUGGAUUUAGCGAGCGAAACCGAAGGUGCAACCCCCGUUGAUGUCCUCAUCAAGACCAAAAUCAAGCACGAGGACUACAACGCCAAAGCGUUCACCAACGACAUCGCACUUCUCGUACUGCAAAACGACGUACAAUUCACUGAUCUCAUAAAGCCUAUCUGCAUUCCCACGGACAACAAGUUGCGAUCCACAAGCUUCGAGGACUACAAUCCCUUUAUUGCCGGAUGGGGAGACCUGGAAUUCCGUGGACCGAAAGCGACACGCCUGCAAGUGCUGCAGCUGCCAGUAGUAUCCAACGACUUCUGCAAACAAGCGUAUACUGCGUACAAGGCGCAGGUCAUAGAUAACAGAGUGCUGUGCGCUGGCUUCAAGAAGGGAGGCAAGGACUCCUGCCAGGGUGACAGCGGAGGGCCCUUGAUGCAGCCUAUCUAUAACUUCGAAACCACGAAAACCUAUUUCUACCAAAUCGGCGUUGUGUCGUUCGGCAAGAAGUGUGCAGAGCCCGGCUUCCCAGGGGUCUACUCGAGGGUCACUAGCUUCGUGCCCUGGCUGCAGAAGAACGUGCUCGGAGUUUAGACAGGACAAACAGGCACAAAAAAUACUAGAACUCCAAUAAAAUUAUACUUAAGGUGGCAUUUCGCUAGCCCGAAAGGAUAAGGCAAGUCAACGCAACGCUUUGGACAGGAGAGCAUAUAUAACAUCCUUUUAUACUCACCCUAAAAAUAUAUGCAAUAGGCACUGUUAUCCUCUCAGGAGGAAAGGAUUCAAAACUUUGCGACGUGCCUUAAAUACGGGUAGCUGGGCGCACAUCCCUUGCAAUACUGUGUUAUUAAUAAUAUAGGUUUCUUGACCUACAGAAUUGGGCAUCUUACGUUAUUUAGAUUAAAUUUGUCUUCAAGAUGAGUGCGGCUGCUAAUAGUUAUUACUUCUUAUGGACUGCUGGCUUUAUACGGUUACUCGUAUCUAAGCUCAAACGUGAAGGGAAUAUUUAUUGUGUUUUAUAAGUAAACUAUAUUUUUAAACGAGUGUACCCCCUGGAUGGCGAUAACUGAUUAUAAUGUCUAAAUACUUUGUGGGUAAACCUUGUUUUUAUUUAUAUAAAUAAAUCAAUAAAAAUAAAUAUACUCCCUAACAGGUUAGCCCGCUAACAUAUUAGACUGCAUCAUCACUCACCCAAGGUGAGAUUGCAGACUAACGAUGUGAGGCAUUACGUAACGCUAAUAUGUUAUUUAAUGUUCGAUUUUUACAUAGGAAACCCCUUUGUCGGCUCCGCGGAGGUGCUGCGUCACGCGAAUAUAAUGUGCCGAAACGAAGGCCUUUUUUGCCUUUUUUACUUUUAUUUUGUCGGUCAAGUUUUUUUUUAAGAAAAUUGUAACAAGCAAACGAAAAACACAGCCAUAGAACCCCUUACCCGGAAUACUUUAACGCCUAAUAGUAUUAAAUUACGCCUUCCUUUAAGUACCAUAGUUUGUUAUUUGUCAUUCGGCUUAGUCAAAUGCCACCUUAACUAGUGAUAUUGAAAACUCAUUAGCUGUAAGAUUAGAUAAUUAUGAGGAUGACAAUAAUUUUAUAAGAAUGACGUAGGUGCUUAGUUAUAGACAACCUACAAUAAUAGAAUAGUUUUAGUAUGACGAUCAGGGGGUAACUGCCAUCGUAAACAGCAGUAUUGUUUUAAUAUUGUUGACGUUUUUGUUUCCGAAUAUUUAUAU